AUGGCGACCACUGGCACCGAUGCAGACCACGAGGAUGGUCAAUCACACCACCUUGAGCACUCGGUCCACCAGCGGCUGAGGGCGAACUCGUCCAUUAUGCAGCUCAAGAAGAUUCUCGUGGCCAACCGAGGCGAGAUUCCCAUCAGAAUCUUCCGAACUGCCCACGAACUCUCCCUUCAGACCGUGGCUGUCUACAGCUAUGAGGACAGACUGGGCAUGCAUAGACAAAAGGCGGACGAAGCAUACAUGAUCGGCAAGCGAGGACAAUACACCCCCGUUGGUGCCUACCUGGCUGGUGACGAGAUCAUCAAGAUCGCUCUCGCCCACGGCGUUCAGAUGAUUCACCCAGGCUAUGGUUUCUUGUCUGAGAACGCCGAGUUUGCGCGAAAGGUCGAGGAGGCCGGCAUCAUCUUUGUCGGUCCCUCUUAUCAGGUCAUUGAUGCUCUCGGUGACAAAGUCUCGGCUCGACGACUGGCCAUGAAAUGCAACGUACCUUGCGUACCUGGAACCGAAGGCCCAGUCGCCAAGUUUGAAGAGGUCAAGGCAUUCACUGACCAGUAUGGUUUUCCCAUCAUCAUCAAAGCUGCUUUCGGUGGAGGUGGCCGUGGCAUGAGAGUCGUCAGAGACCAAGAAAGCCUAAAGGAUUCAUUUGAGCGAGCUACCUCCGAGGCAAAGUCUGCCUUUGGCAACGGUACAGUCUUUGUCGAACGCUUUUUGGACAAGCCCAAGCACAUUGAAGUUCAACUGCUCGGUGACAACCACGGCAAUGUUGUUCAUCUGUACGAACGAGACUGCAGUGUUCAAAGACGGCACCAAAAAGUCGUGGAGCUAGCUCCUGCCAAAGAUCUUCCGUCCGAGGUUCGGGAUGCCAUUCUCAAUGAUGCAGUCAAACUAGCUCAAUCCGUCAACUAUCGCAAUGCAGGCACAGCAGAGUUCUUGGUGGACCAACAGAACAGAUAUUACUUUAUCGAAAUCAACCCCAGAAUCCAAGUCGAACACACUAUCACCGAGGAGAUUACUGGCAUCGAUAUUGUCGCCGCUCAGAUCCAAAUCGCGGCUGGUGCCUCUCUCGAGCAACUAGGCUUGACCCAGGACCGAAUCUCAACGCGCGGCUUCGCCAUCCAGUGCCGUAUCACCACGGAAGAUCCUUCCCAAGGAUUCUCUCCCGAUACCGGCAAGAUCGAGGUGUACCGAUCGGCAGGAGGUAACGGCGUUCGUCUUGACGGUGGCAAUGGAUUUGCUGGUGCUAUCAUCACUCCUCACUACGAUUCCAUGUUGGUGAAAUGUACUUGCCACGGCUCCACCUACGAGAUCGUGCGCCGAAAGAUGCUACGAGCGCUGGUUGAAUUUCGCAUUCGCGGUGUGAAGACCAACAUCCCCUUCUUGGCCUCGCUUUUGACCCAUCCAACCUUUGUUGAGGGAACGUGCUGGACGACCUUCAUUGACGACACUCCAGAGCUGUUCAAACUGAUUGGCAGCCAGAACCGGGCCCAGAAGCUCCUUCAGUAUCUCGGCGAUCUUGCAGUCAAUGGAAGCAGCAUCAAAGGCCAGAUUGGCGAGUCGAAAUUCAAGGGUGAUAUCAUCAUGCCUACACUAUUUGAUGAGCAUGGCAAGGAGAUCAAUGUGGACGAGCCAUGCACGCAGGGGUGGAAAUCUAUCAUCGACAAAGAAGGACCUGCCGCAUUCGCUAAGGCAGUCCGAACGAACAAGGGCUGUCUCAUCAUGGAUACUACCUGGCGUGACGCGCAUCAGUCUCUGUUGGCCACACGAGUCCGCACGGUCGACCUGUGCAACAUCGCCAAACAUACCAGCCAUGCUCUCAGCAACGCGUGGGCAUUGGAGUGCUGGGGUGGAGCCACGUUCGAUGUUGCUAUGCGAUUUUUGUAUGAGGAUCCAUGGGAUCGACUCCGCAAAAUGAGAAAGCUGGUUCCCAAUAUUCCCUUCCAGAUGUUGCUCCGUGGAGCCAACGGUGUUGCUUACAAGUCACUCCCUGACAACGCCAUUUACCAUUUCUGCAAGCAGGCGAAGAAGAACGGAAUGGAUAUCUUUAGAGUGUUUGAUGCUCUCAACGACAUCGACCAAUUGGAGGUGGGUAUGAGGGCUGUUCAGGAAGCCGGUGGUGUUGUGGAAGCCGCCAUCUGCUAUUCAGGUGACACGGUUGCAACUCUCGGGCCGCUUUUGUCUCAGACUUACAAGCAACCCACGGUCCCCCUGGAUGCGCUCUUUUUGAACCCCAAGAAGAAAUAUAACUUGGAAUAUUACAUGAAUCUUGUCGAGAAGAUUGUCAAGAUUGGAACCCACAUUCUCGGCAUCAAAGACAUGGCCGGCGUUCUGAAGCCCAAGGCUGCUCGUCUUCUUGUUGGCUCUAUCCGCAAGAAGUACCCCGAUCUUCCGAUCCAUAUCCACACCCACGACUCGGCGGGAACUGGAGUGGCAACCUACGUCGCUUGCGCGGAGGCCGGCGCUGAUGCUGUGGACACGGCAUCAGAUUCUAUGUCAGGCAUGACGUCUCAGCCAAGCGUUGGAGCGCUCCUUGCUUCUCUUGAAGGCACCGACUACGACCCAGGUCUAAAUGGUCACAACGUGCGAGCACUGGACCAAUAUUGGUCCCAGCUGAGAUUGCUCUACUCACCGUUCGAAGCUGGCUUGACUGGCCCCGAUCCCGAAGUGUACGAACAUGAGAUCCCAGGAGGACAACUCACCAACCUGAUCUUCCAAGCCUCUCAACUCGGUCUAGGCGAGCAAUGGCUCGAGACGAAGAAGGCUUACGAACAGGCGAACGAUCUCUUGGGGGAUAUCGUCAAAGUCACUCCCACCUCCAAAGUGGUGGGUGAUCUCGCGCAAUUCAUGGUGUCCAACAAGUUGGAUGAAGAGGGCGUCAAGGCCAAAGCCAAGGAGUUGGAUUUCCCCGAAUCCGUGUUGGAGUUCUUUGAAGGAUACAUGGGUCAGCCAUACGGCGGAUUCCCCGAGCCACUGCGCAGCGACGUGCUCCGUGGGCGCCGAAAGAUGGACAAGAGACCAGGGCUGUACCUUGAGCCCAUUGACUUUGCCAAGGUCAAGAAGGACUUGAAGGAGAGAUUCAACACCACCGCGGAAACGGAUGUGGCGAGUUAUGUGAUGUACCCCAAGGUCUUUGAGGACUAUCGCAAAUUCGUGGACAAGUAUGGCGAUUUGUCGGUGCUCCCGACCAAGUACUUCCUGAACAAGCCAGAGAUUGGUGAGGAGUUCCACGUGGAGCUCGAAAAGGGCAAGGUUUUGAUCAUGAAGUUGCUGGCUGUGGGACCUCUGUCGGAAGCCACCGGCCAACGCGAAGUGUUCUACGAGGUGAAUGGCGAAGUUCGGCAAGUGACAAUCGACGACAACAAGGCUGCGGUGGAGAACACCAGCCGGCCCAAAGCCGAUCCGGGCGACAGCAGCCAAGUCGGGGCUCCCAUGUCAGGCGUGGUGGUGGAAGUUCGAGCCAAGGAAGGCCACGACAUCAAGAAGGGCGACCCGAUUGCUGUGCUGAGCGCCAUGAAGAUGGAGAUGGUUAUCAGCGCUCCACAUUCUGGCAAAGUUGGCGAGAUUCUGGUCAAAGAAGGGGACUCGGUUGCUGGAUCGGAUUUGAUUUGCAAGAUUGCAAAGGCGUGA